AGUUAGCAGACGACGCAUAAACAACAUUCCUGAGGUUGUUCGAAUUCAAUAUUCGGAACAACUAUAUUUUCUUAAAAAUUCCAAUAAUUUACUUUGUUCAAGCCAUAAAACUGUAGCAAAAUGUCUACGGAAAAGUUAAAAUAUAUUAUAAGCCAGCUGUCUCAGCCACCUUUCAAGAAAACGUACAAUAUGAUUAGUUUCAACAACUUGGAACCUUUGCAACUUCUGCAAGUGGUAUCUGAUGUUCUAGCUGAAAUAGAUUCACAGCAUAAUGUAGAUAUUCGAGAAGAAGCGGCCGAGGACACAGCUAUAAGAAUAUUUAAUUUUCUUAAAAUUAUGAAAUAUAGGCAUCCUGGUGGAGAGGAAGAACAAUCAAGAUUUAGACAAGGGCUUGUUUCUGGUGACAAACCUAUUAUUUAUGUUAUCCUGGAAUGGUUAUUAUCCAGAAUUGAUGACUUGAAAAAAAGAGCUUAUCUGGCAAAGUACUUGGUUAAAAUUAACAUUCCCCCUGAAUUUAUGCAGGACGAUGAAGUAACUGAUUUGUUUACGCAAUAUUCAGCUUACAUGGAAGAGUUUAAAGAAAUUCAUAAACAAGUUGAACAGCUACGAUCCAGUGGUUUUAAUACUGAUGAUAUAAAAAGGGAUAUUGCGAGUAUGGAGGAUGAAAAGGAGCAAUUAAUGAGAAGAGUUGAUAAGCUAAAAAAAAAGGUUGAAGGGGCACCAAACUCUGGUCCAAUGUUGGCCGUUGCCCGUAAACUUCAUGAAGAGAAGGAUAGAGAGGCUAAAUUAAAUCAGCAAAAGUUAGAAGAAAAGAAUUUGCUGAUACAUUGCGAUCAACGAAUAAGCAGGCUCCAAAACCAAUUAAAGGAUGCUCGACAGACAUCAAUUGGAGCAACUCCUCAAUCUCUACUGCAAAGAAUAGAAGAAGAAAAUAAGACAAAUACUUAUUUAGUUAAAGAUAAACUACCUAAGGAAAUAUCAAUACUGAAGAAGACAGUUAACGAUUUACAAAAAGUGGUAUCCGAACCAGCCAUGGGUCAAUCAGAUUUAGAAAAUAUAAAUAGACAAAUAAAGGAGACUAAUGCUGAAAUCAAUCAAUUGAUUGAAAAGAGAAUGGUAUCGGGUGACCCACUUGAUGAUAAACUAUCCCUUUUUCGACAACAGGCAGCUAUCAUUGCUAGAAAGAAGGAAACAGCUGCUGAAAGCCUUAGAGAAGCGAGAGAAGAGAUUCAUUCGGCACAAAUUGAAAUAGAAGAAAAGAGGAAUCUUUUAAAUGCCAAUUCGGGUGAGGAGGUCUUAAAGGGAGAUGAGUUCAAGCGAUAUGUGAAUAAUUUGAGAACCAAGAGCACUACUUAUAAGAAAAAGAGGGCCGAACUUGCAGAAUUAAGAUCUGAGCUGGGAGUUCUUGGUAGAACGGAAGAAAUUCUCAAAAAUCGUCAUCAUGAUAUUCAAAGGCAAUUGGGAAAAAUUGAAAAAAAGCAUGGUGUUUCGGGAUUUAGAGAAACUCAAGAAAAAUUGGAAAACAUCUCAGGUGCCAAGCAAGAAGUUGACGAAAUGAAGGGGAAAACUUUGGAAGAUAUUUCUGUUAUGGUCAAAAAGUUUAAUAACAAAAUUGCUGAAAAGAAAAAUAGUCUAGCUCCUAUUAUAAAAGAACUUAGACCUUUGAGACAAAAAGCUCAGGAGAUGCAAGCAGAGCACGAUCAGCAUAAGAGAGUUUAUGAUACACAAGCUGCUGGAUUCGAAAGUAAUAGAUCAAAGUUGGAACAAGAGGUUAGAGCUCUAAGAGAAGAGUGUUCAGCAGAAGAGUCAAGAUUGCAUUAUUUGAAUAUCAUGCGAGAAAUAACAAGUUCUCAGCAAGAACGUAUAAACGCCGAAAUGAAAUUAUAUACUUCUAGUAAUAUGCAAGAAAAGAAGAGAUCUCUUCGCGAUCAGUUCACAAGAAAGAUCCAGGAUCAGGAAAAUCUUGGUAAAAGUUUAAGGGAGAAGCAAAAAUCCAUUAAAGAAGGACAUAGUGGCAACUUGAAUCAAAUGUCAAUGUGGAGAGAUUUUCAAAGGAUAAUGGAUAUGAAAUUAUCCUUAAGUGGUCUAGGGUCUGGAGAUGGCUCUGGACAACAGUCUGGAUCGAAAUUCAGUGCAACUGAAGCGGACGCGCUGGCUGCAGAUCAAUUAGUUUUGUAA